AUGGCCGUGUUAUGUCUCGAUUCGGGACGUGACAAAAACACUCAAAUUGUUACUAGUUUGUUUUUUUUCCCAAGAAACGCGGAUGCUCUUGUUUCAACUGGUUUGGCAGGACUUGGAUACAAGUAUGUAAAUCUUGAUGACUGUUGGGCUGAAGGGGAAAGAGACAAGAAGGGUAAUUUAAUGUCCAAAGCCACUACCUUUCCUUCUGGCAUUAAGGCCCUUGCAGAUUAUGUUCAUGCUAAAGGCUUGAAACUUGGGAUAUAUGCUGAUGCUGGUGAUAGAACCUGCAGUGACAGAAUGCCUGUCUCUCUUGGGCAUGAAUAUCAAGAUGCAAGAACUUUUGCAGAAUGGGGGGUUGACUACUUAAAGUAUGACAACUGCUACCAUGAUGGUUCCAAAAAUCGAAAAAGAUAUGCUGUGAUGAGUCGGGCAUUGCGAAAAGCUGGCCCACAAAUCCUUUACGCUUUAUGUGAAUGGGGACAAGAGGAUCCAGCAAAAUGGGCAGGUUCAUAUGGCCAUGCUUGGAGGACUACUGGGGAUAUUAAUGACACCUGGGCAAGUAUAACGUCAAUUGCAGAUGCAAACAACAUUUGGGGAAGAUAUGCGGGACCUGGCAGGUGGAAUGAUCCUGACAUGCUGGAAGUGGGCAAUGGAGGGAUGAAUGUUGAGGAAUAUCAUUCUCAGUUUAGUCUUUGGGCUCUUAUGAAGGCUCCUCUGCUCAUUGGAUGCGAUGUUCGAUCUGCAAGCAAAGAGACUCUAAGUAUCCUUGGAAACAAGGAAGUGAUAGCAGUUAAUCAGGAUCCACUAGGAGUUCAGGGGAGGAAAAUACGAUCCAAAGGCGGCCUAGAGGUUUGGGCAGGGCCAUUAUCGGGGAAAAGGGUGGUGGUAGUGUUAUGGAACAGAAGCCAAUGUAGAGCACCUAUAUCUGUGGGAUGGAGAGACAUUGGACUCUCUCCCUCUAGUCCUGUCACUGUUAGAGACUUGUGGAAGCACUCAUUUGUUUCAAUGAAUAAGCGUUAUAGAAUGACUGCAUACGUUCCUGCUCAUGGUUGCAAGAUGUAUGUUAUGACACCAUUGAAAGGUUGAAGGAGGCCCUUGAAACGUACAAGUUCGGGGUCAGAAAAGAAGAAUUCUCAUUUGAUAUAACUGAAUUUGGGAUAAUUUAGUGAAUGUCUGUUUUAUAUUUUAGCCUUUUCAUUUCUUUUUCUGAUAGUCCAAAAGACUAUCUGUUGCAAAAUAAAGUACUCUUUCAACAAAAGAAAUAAAUAUAAUUAUGUUUGAGUUAAACCCCGAUAAAUCUUCGAUUUUCUGUCUC